AUGGAAAGCUGCAAGCUCCGGACAGAGGAUGUGCUCUACUGUCCAUUCCUAUUAUUCCAUGUAGAUGCAACUGCACUCACCGUUAUUCCCACUAUUCUCCUUGGUGCCACCACCGCUCUGUCUCCCAGAUUUACGGCAAGUCGAUUCUGGGACGAGAUCCGGGAGACCAAGACAACAGUGUAUGAUUUCAUGGGGGCGACUCUGGCCUUGAUCUACAAGCAGCCCCCGAGCCCACGAGAUCGGGAGCAUCGACGGCGAUUCGGUCAUCCACUUCGUACCUUGUAUGGUAGUGUGGAGGCUAGCAUCCCCAUUGUGCAAGAAGGCCCUCUUGUUCCAGGAUCCUGUGGCAUCUUGCGCCCAGGGUACCAACUCCGCAUCGCCGACCAGGAAGACGAGUCACUGCCUCCUAAUACUCCGGGUCAGUUGUUGCUGCGCAGUGAAAACCCCAAUGCCUUCUUCCAGGGCUAUUUUAAUGACCCAGCAAAUACGGUCAAGGCGUAUGCCAAUAUGUGGUUGCACACAGGUGACAUCGCGAAGGUGGAUGAACGCGGCAAUGUCUACUUUAUUGGCCGUAUCAAAGACAUUAUUCGACGGCGAGGGGAAAAUAUCAAUCCUUCAGAAGUGGAAGAGGAGCUUCUGCAGCAUCCCGAAGUCGUCAUUGUCGCUGGGUUUGCGAUUCCUAGCGAGCUGGGAGCGGGAACUGAAGAUGAUCUGAAGGUCGUGGUGAAGCUACGCAAUGAGAGCACAAUUGAUGAGCACGCCUUAUGGCAAUGGUCGCAGAAGUAUAUGGCACGGCAACAGGUACCCACGGUGAUUGAGAUCGUGGAAGAACUGAAACAAACGCCAACUGGGAAAAUCGAGAAAGGCUCGCUGACGACAGAGGGCGGAAAGAGGUUUACAACGCGUCCCGCAAGACUCUAG